UUUCGCAUUUUUUAUUAACGACACGAACAUGGCCGUGUCCGCUAACGUUGCCUGCAAAGUUGCGAAGCAGGCGUUGUUGCAGUGUCGUUGCAUACUUUCAGUUCAACCGAGAAGAAACCGCCACAAAUCAAUUUUCAGAGGAAAGUGGCCAGAGGAGGCUAAAACAUUCCAACAGCGCCUAGAUGAGUUGAAUGCCAAAGACCCUGAACUAGACAGAGCCAUAAACAUUGGCUUCCCUUUGGGAAAAAAUUCGGGUGACAGAAGUAAUGAUGCUAAAAAACUGCAGCAGUGGAUCAAGUCUAAAACCUCUCUAGAGUCAGCUGCUCGGCUUAGACAUUUAAAGCUUGAUCUGGAAACUGUGAAAGAAAAAUGGCAGAAUGAGAAAGGUCCUUCUCAUCUCCGGACCAUUGCUGAGCAUUAUGGCAUUUUUGAUGAUUUGUUUGGCAGUGCCUUUUUCUACAACACAAAUCCACUAACUGUUUGCUAUGAUUACGAUGAAGAGUUUGUAACACCAGUGUACUAUGGAAAUAAAAUACCCCCUGCAGAGGCAGCUGUGCAUCCCUUUAUAGACUAUAAAAGUGAUGCGGAGACUCUGUGGACACUGAUCAUGUCAUGUCCAGAUGGUAAUUUGCAGCACAAUGACAAAGAAUGUCUUCACUGGUUUGUGGGCAACAUUCCAGGCAGCCAAAUUGACAAGGGAGAGACUGUCUGUGACUACCUGCAGCCAUUUCCAGUCCGAGGAGUUGGGUAUUUACGGUAUAUCUUUGUUCUCUACAAACAGAAUGGCAAGAUGGACUUCAGCAAAUUCAAGAAAUCUGAUAGCAUGUCUCUUCAAGAACGAACCUUCAGCACACUAGAAUUUUAUAGGCAGCAUCAGGAUAACAUUACACCAGCUGGACUUGCAUUCUUUCAAAGUCGCUGGGACUCUUCUGUACGGUCAAUAUUUCAUGAUGUGUUGGGAAUUCCAGAACCUUCCUAUGAAUUUAUUCGCCCACCCAACUACCAUCCACAGCAGAAAAGAUACCCACACAAACAGCCUUUUAACUUGUACCUAGAUCGCUAUCGUGAUGUGAAAGACAUACAAGAAGAAGUGCUCAAGGAACACCUCAAGAAAACAGACCCAUUUCAGCCCACUGUAGAACCCAAGUACCCUAACAUCUAUCCUCAUGCUGGGUACAUCCCAUCAUGGCUAAAAACGCGCAUCCAGAAUAUGCGAUUUGGUAGACAUCAGUGGAAACACCUGAAACCUGAGGUUUGAACUUGCAGAGGGGUCAGCAUAGACUGUGAUGAUUGGGUGUGACAGAAUAUUCUGUUAGUGCAUGAAUGAAAACAGUUGAUGCUGCUAAAAGCAGAAGAGUCUAGUGGCCAAGGAAAUUAAGGCUAUGCAUAUAAAGAAAAGAAGUUGGAUUUAUCAGCCGAAAAAUGCAGUAAAGUGAGAAUUAUUUUAUCAACAUCAUAGAAUGGGGAGAACUACUAAGUUCUACUUGUGGUUUGUGUUAUUCAGGUUUUUAGUUUUAGGCUUGUGGUAUUUGGAGAGCCACUGGAAUGAAAUAGCAAAGAUUGUGUUAAGAUUUUCCACCUAUUCCUACACUUUUCAAAAAGAGAUUAAACACCAUUGUGAGGAAUUUAGUUCUUUAAAAUGAUUGUCUUCCUUUUAUAAAUGUUUGUUCUACAAUCUGUGUAAGUUUCUUGCCUUCUCAAAAAAAAUAGACAAUGACAAGAAUAGUGAUGCA